UUUGAUAAGUGAUAAAUGAUAAUAGUAAACGGCUGUGCCUGUGCGCCAUGCGCGGAACGCGUCUGUCUACCGUCCGUGCAUUGGUGGUCGGAGGGAAGCGUAUGUUUACUAUGUUUGCAUAAUAUCGAUAUCGCAUUUCCGAUUUCGCAGUCCGCUCGCCCACGUUGUAUUCUCAACUCUGCGAUUUCGUUUCACCGACCGACUGAGUUCUGUCUGCCAAGUGCCAACUGCACAGGCGUUACGACGAAAAUGGUGCGACAGAACUCGAGGCUGUUGGUGGUCUGCGGACCGUCGGGCUCCGGCAAGUCGACGCUGCUGCGCAAGCUGUUCGACGAAUAUCCCGACAAGUUUGGUUUCUCGGUGUCGCACACCACCCGAUCGCCAAGGCGUUUCGAGGUGGAUGGCCAACACUACCACUUCACCACAAAGGACCAAAUGCAAGCGGCCAUCGAUCGAGGAGAAUUCCUCGAGCACGCCAUCUUCUCCAACAACAUGUAUGGUACCAGCCUUAAAGCGGUACAAAAUGUUCAAAAGUCUGGCAAGAUUUGUGUUCUUGAUAUCGACAUGCAAGGAGUCAUUCAAAUCAAAAAAGUGGCUAAUCUGAAACCGGUUGGUGUGUUUGUUAAACCUCCCAGUAUUGGUGAACUCGAAAUACGAUUGCGCAGACGGAAUUCAGAGUCUGAGGAUAAUCUACGAGCUAGAUUGAAUGUCGCACAACAGGAAAUUAACUAUGGAGAAACACCUGGAAACUUUGAUUGUAUUAUAAUAAACGAGUCCUUAGAUAAAGCAUACAAUGUGUUCAAAGAAUUUGUUUUAAAGUCCUUUGAAACUGUUGAAAAUUAAGUAUACAAUUAAACAAUACCUAAAGUAUUCAGUAUUCACAACUCAGUCAGUAGGUUUUAGUUAUUAUAAUUGUAAAAUGUUUUUGUUUACUUUAUAAAAUAUUGCUAAAAAAAACAUUCUAGAAUAAUGUCAUACCUCGUGUUAUACUUAGUUUUUAAUUGAUAUUGAGCUGUAUAAAAUAAUUUAAUUUAGUUUAUGAUUAGAGAACAUGAGUACAUUUUACAUAGUGUAUUAGCUAUCUAGACAAUUUAAAACAAUAUUAAUUAAUGACUUCUAUAUUUUACUAUUAAUAAUACUAUAUUUUAUUUUGAAUGUUUAACAAAUCAUGUCAAUACUUCUAACCUUAGCGAUUUAAAUAGACUAAGGUGAAUUUUCAUUGCCUUUACUAUUUUCUAAGAAGAAUACAUCAUAAUACUUCUGAUGUUCCAUAUAUAUUUUUAUUUAAUUUUUUAUUUAAAGGAAAUUUGACUGAUAUACUAUUCUGAGAAACUAAAUUAUUAGUGGAGGCCAUAUAAGGUCUAAAAUCCAUAAUCAUUCUUAAACAACUCAUGGUCUCAAUUUUGUUCAGUCGAUAAUUAUUAAUUACUGUCUCUAGUAUCAUAUCCACAUUUUAAUUGUUCCAACAUAAUGUAAUAACAAAAUGAACUAGUUAUUUCUUCACUUACAUAUCGUGAUUUACACAGUACACAACAUUUAUUUUCUAUCUUGAUUAUCUUACGAAUGUUAUAUGUUGUGCCAAAUGUAGUUUUUUUUAUUAAUUAAAUCGAAAUUAAAUAUAAAAUUGUUAACUAAUAUUGAAAUACUAAAAAAAGAAAAAUUUAAACAAUUGUAAUUGUUGGUAGUACAACUCAAAUUAAGUAUAUAUAGUCUAUAUAGUCAUAAUGUUAACAUAACUCAAAUCAUACAAUGUUAUAUACAAUAUAAACAUAAAACUACUUGUUCCAAAUAGAAAGAAAAAAAUAUUACAUUUAACUGUGUUGGUUGUAUCUGAUUUAAAAAUGAGACUGGUAUAAUUUAAUAUUUUUUUAUACAAUGUGUGUUAAUAAUUAAUAUAUUGAUGUGAAGAAUACAUCAUUUGAGAUCCAAUUUAUUACUAGUAAUAGCAUUAAAAUUAUGGUUUCUUAUUGUAUGGUUUCCCAAAUCAAAAUGCUUGUCUAAAAUUUAUUUUCUUAUAAUUAUCCAUACUGUUGGCUUCUUUUUUGUUGAAUAUAUAUAAAUAUAUACUAUAUACAUGUUAAUGAAUAAAAUAGAUAUGUAGUUGUUUACAACAAUAUAAUAUUGAGAUUUUAAAUUAUGAAAAAAACUAGGUAAUAAAUAUGUAAUUCUAUUAAAAAAGACUUUUUUUUAGUAUUUAUUUGUAUUUAAUCAAUGUAAUGUUAAAGAUAUUGUCUUGUUUUAAAAAUAGUAUUUUGGAUAAUAUUUUACAGAAUAAAACUAAAAUGUCAAUAAAAUAAAUAAUGUCAUCUAGUUCCAUUUAAUUGUACCAUUUUAACUCGCAUUAUUAUUUUUAAAUUAAGAUAUAACCUAAAGCAAAUGUUACACAUAGCUUACACUCCAACAAUCGUGUAUACCUGUGUUUAAUAUUAAAAAUUUAGUAUACUGUAGAUAGUGUUUAAAACCAUUAUAUUACGUAUUUAAGUUAGACUAAUAUUAAUUAUUAUUGUCAACAUACUUAUAUUUAAUUUAUUUUUUUACCUCAAUUAUAAUUUUGUUCUAAGUUAGUCUAAAAUAUAUAUUUUAUUGUUUUUAUUAUUGAAAAUACAAUUUUUUGUUGUAUA